AGGGAUUGGCAAAGAGGGGUGGAGGACACAUGAGUAGAGGUUAGUGGAGGGAUUGGCAGGGAGGGAUGGAGGACACUGAAAUGGAGGCCAGUGGUGGGAUUGGCAGAGAGGGGUGGAGGACACUGAGUGGAGGCCAGUGGAGGGAUUGGCAGAGAGGGGUGGAGGACACACUGAGAGUGGAGGCCAGUGGAGGAUUGCAGAGAGGAAUGGAGGACACUGAGUGGAGGCCAGUGGAGGGAUUGGCAGAGAGGGUGGAGGAGCACUGAGAGGAGGCCAGUCGAGGGAUUGGCAGAGAGGGAUGGAGGACAGGAGAGUGGAGGCCAGUGGAGGGAUUGGCAGAGAGGGGUGGAGGACACUGAGUGGAGGCCAGUGGAGGGAUUGGCAGAGAGGGGUGGAGGACACUGAGUGGUGGCCAGUGGAGGGAUUGGCAGAGAGGGGUGGCAGAUAUGGAACGGUCGGCCAAUGAGGAGGGAGUUACAAUAGUCAAGGGGUG